AUGCCCCGGAGCUCCAGGCUUCUAGGACACCUGGUCUAUGACGAGUGGCACCUCCUCCUCCACUGGGGUGGACUGGAAUCCUCACCUGUGAAUGACACUGGAGUCCGGCGUGAGUCAUGCUGUCCGAGCCAUGGCUUGGUGCAGGAGCCUGCACAUGAGGUGGCCUGCCGUUCUGCCUUCUGCCCCCUCCAGGGCACCACAGGCCCCAGAGAGAUUCGAGGAGGAGGGGCUCUGGGUGCCAGAGGAGGAGGAGGGGCAGGGAGGAGGUGCUGCCUGGAGCAGAAGUGGAGGACCCUCUGCCAGUGCAGCGCCCACCACUGGCUCCUACAGGAGGGAGGCUCGGGUGCAAGGUUUCGUCCUGAGCCUCUGGGAGUGGUGACAAGUGGCCCUGCACUUACGGGAACAGACUCAGCCUGGACUGGCUCCCGACCGUUUCCUUUCCCCAGUUCUUGGUGCACACCCACCCAGGACACAGGGACGCUGCCUCGGCACCAGGAGAAAACCGAUGCCUGGUGGGAUGGAGAAGGCACAUCGGAUGGCAGCUCCACCAGGUGUGAGCUGUGUGAUCCAUCCAGAGAAGCCUCUGAGCCUCAGUUGUUUCAAGGACAAAUCAAGCUUUUCCAGAGCAUUCCCCACAGAUGCCUGGUCUUUUCCACUUCCUCUGAGCUACCCGAUUAAAUCCCCAGACCUCCUCACUCAAGAAGGUGGCAGUGGGAGGAAGUGUCAACUACUCAGCUCCUACUUCGGAGUCUCUCAUUUUCUCAUGCACCAUCCAGUUAAAAUCCUAUUAGAUCUGAAGUAAUGUUUAA